AUGGCAGCGACAAUCGAGUGGUUCGGAGCCACGCCAUAUCGGCUACAGACCAAUGGCCUCACGAUAUUCCUUGAUACCUGGCUAGACAAGCCGGCAAGGAUGCCGCGGUAUCUAGAGCUCGCCGAUGUUAAAGAGGCGGAUUACAUAUUCAUCUCCGACUCGCACUUUGAUCAUCUACCCGGCGCCGAUGUCAUUACCAAAAGAACAGGUGCCAUAAUCGUUGCGAAUGGAGAAGCAAUCAACAUCAUGCGUGAGGCGGGUGUUCCUGAGAAGCAGCUUCUCCCAGUCGGCGGUGGCGAGAGAAUACCCCUCUUCACCAAAGAACUGCAUGACAAGGCUGCCCAAGGCCUAGUAGAGCUUGAACAACGACCUCCUGGAGCCCCAAAAUCACCCCAUCCUUCGCUCGCGGUUGCAGCUGUACACGUAUGGCCUUCUCUUCAUGCGUUUCUGCCCGAAGACCAUCCAGAGAUAAUGGACACAGGCGUUAGAUAUACUGGAGCCUCAACUGACUUCAUCUGCACCUUGAACAUCACAAUGGGAAUGAAGCAUGGGCUUCUUCGUUUGAAGGAUGUUAUUCCCGAGGAUAAGAUUAACCAAGAUACGCAGGCUUUUAUCGACUACGUCGGUGACAAGAAUAAGAACCGAUUCUCCCAUUACGACGGCGGUCAACUCAUGUUCAACACCUUGACGGAAGGGCAGGUUCUUCUCUGGUCUGCACAUUUUGGGGGCUAUGAAGGAGUGUUGAGAGACUUGAAGCCGCGGCUAGAUGUAGGCAUUAUUGCCGCUGCAGGCUGGGCGAAUUUGAAUGGGCGGCCGUUCGACGGCUCUGCUGCUGAAUUUCUAGUCAACAUGGUGAAAUGGAUUGGAGAGCCUAAGAAGAUCAUACGGUGCUUGCAUGACAAACGCCUGGUGAAACCUUUUAGGGUCGACACAACCGCUGCAACAGCGGCUAUUAAAAGAGAGACACAGUCUGCUAUACAAGAUUUAAUCCCUGGGCAGAAGUACAAGGUAUUCGAUCGAAGUUUGACAGAGUAG